AUGUCAUCCGCAGUAGACAUUCAAUCACUCCCUCCCGAAGUUCUUAGGAGCAUUCUUUUCUUCGUGCGCAACGAGAGAAAUGGCCGAGACUCAAUCAAAGAGUGUCGCUUGGUUUCACACUGCUUCAACAAUGCUGCAUCGCCAUUGCUCCUUACCGAAGUUUCCGUUAGCCUUACCUCGAAAUCUUUCACUCGUUUAGAGAAUAUUUGCCAUCAUCCCAUCUUCAGCAAGUCAGUGCAAAGCGUCAGCAUAGUCACGUCUUACUACGAAACCGAGUUGGCCUGCAACAGGCCACUGUUCAUGCUCGAGGCCAAGGCCAGGCUCCUUCGACACGUAGAAACCAUGGAACGAUCGAGAUACUACCGGAGUAAAUAUCCUCACACGCAAGAACAAUUUCGGUGGCUGUCAAAUAUGGCUUGGAGAACAGAACCUGAAUUUGAACAACUUUUCAGUGACCAAGUUGACGAAGAAUCACCUACACCUACACAAAGGCUAUUCCUCAAGCUCUACGAUUUAUACAAAGCAUUGCACAAUGACCAACAACAGCUUCGAGAAGGCCAAAAACACAUCACUCGGUUAUGUGCCGCCUUAAGUUCCUUAUCCAACCUGGUAUCCUUGGAGGUUAAUGAUGUCAGAAAUAAUGGAGGCCUGGAGCACUUGGAUGCUGCUGAAUUUGCCCAUACUGGAUAUGAUGAUGCAACACUGCAACACUUCAGCCCUAUCUUGCGCAAGUCGAGGUGGUGUGGCUCUUUCAAGACAAUUCACACUGCAACCCCACCCGUGGAGAUGAUCGGGACAUUGUGCUCUGAACUUGCAGACAAAGGUCUGAGACCUAGGAUAAUUCGUCUCCGCUUGGUCCCUCCACCUAGUAUGCAAGCCUGGAAACUAUCGCUAUUGCAGCAGAGUGGACUAAAGAACCUGGUCUCUCAAAGUACGAAGCUAAAAUUAUAUGUGGAUUUCGAGGCACGGAGUUUUGAGCUUAAGGAGAAUCCUAGGCACGAGAUGCUUGCACUUUGCUCUAUCACUCAGUCCUUUUUAAGCGCACCUCAUCUUGAGGAUAUGCAUGUUGAGUUUAUUGGCUACCCUAGGCUUAAUAGGAGGCCGACUAUCUCUUUGGAAGAUGUCCUGCCUGCCAACGUUUUAUGGCCACGACUUCGGUCUCUGAGCCUAUACAAUCAACCUUUCACAGUAAAGGAGAUGAGGUCCUUGGCCACUCGACACUCGGAGGCUCUGCGAAGCAUGGACUUGCAAGCUUGCUGGUUGCUCGAAGGCAGCUGGGAUGAUAUUGAGGAAGUUGUUAAAGGCCAACGGGACCUGGAGAAAAGUAGUAUAAAAUAUCCAUCAGGUGGAAACUAG